GCUUUUAUCAGCCCUCCUAUCUGCUGUCGUGGGUUUGAUUAAAAAUAAAAAAUAAAGAAAAAAUGCCGCAAGCGAAUGCGGUGGGAAUUGGGGCUGACAACAACACCAACGACAACAACAAUGAUGGCGGCUGUGACGACGAUGGCGGCAGUGACGACAAUGGCAACAGCAGCAACAACAACAACAAUAACAACGACUACAGCGGCAGCGACGCCCACGGCAGCAGCAGGGUUGAGAGCGGUGUCUGGGCAUCUCAGAUCAUCAUCAGCAUGAUGGGAGAGAUGCCGCAAGCAGACGUGGUGGGCAUUGGGGAUGCCAACAACAACAACAACAACGAUGAUGGCGGCAGCGACGACCACGGCGGCAGCAACGGUCAAGGCAGCAGCGGGGCAGAGAGCAUCAGCAUGAUGGGAGAGAUGCCGCAAGCAGACGUGGUGGGCAUUGGGGAUGCCAACAACAACAACAACAACGAUGAUGGCGGCAGCGACGACCACGGCGGCAGCAACGGUCAAGGCAGCAGCGGGGCAGAGAGCAUCAGCAUGAUGGGAGAGAUGCCGCAUGCUGACGUGGUGGGGAUUGGGGUUGAUAUGGAUAAGAGGCUUACCAUCUCCCCCCCCUUCCCCCCCUUCAACCCCGUUGUCUGGCUGAGGAUAGGAGUAGGAUAGUCGAUGUUGAUUGGGUUGCCAGGCCUGCAAUAUCAAUCAACAACGGAGUGCUGAUCGUCCCGUGGGAUGGAGGUGGGCUGGUUAGGGACUAAUAUGCAGGUGGUCAAUCCUUCCCUUGUGCAGGGAAGUAAUCAAUGCCCCUGCUCUCU